AUGGCGGCCCCGUGCCUCCUCGUGCUCGUGCUCCUCUGCUUCCUCGCCGGUGGAGGACGCGUAUCCCCGGGCACAGACGAGCUGCGCCGCGUCUCUUCCGUGGAUCCGUUCAGCAAAAAGGAUUGGUAUGAUAUCAAGGCUCCGUCGGUCUUCAGCGUACGCAACAUCGGCAAGACUCUGGUGUCCAGGACACAGGGCACCAAGAUUGCCUCUGAGGGUCUUAAGCACAGAUUGUUUGAGGUCUCCUUAGCUGAUCUCCAGAGUGAUGAAGACCAGGCAUCCAGGAAGAUCAGGCUUCGUGCAGAAGAUGUACAAGGGAGAAAUGUUCUCACAAACUUCUGGGGAAUGACCUUCACCACGGACAAGCUCCGUUUACUGGUGAAGAAGUGGCAGACGCUUAUUGAGGCUCACGUCGAUGUCAAGACCACUGAUAACUACAUGCUGCGGCUGUUCUGCAUUGGGUUUACCAAGAGGCGGCCCAAUCAAGUGAAACGCACUUGCUAUGCUCAGGCAAGCCAAAUCAGACAGAUUCGACGGAAGAUGACCGAAAUCAUGAGCAACCAAGCUUCUUGUGAUCUUAAAGAGCUUGUGUCCAAGUUCAUCCCUGAGGUCAUUGGAACGGAAAUUGAGAAGGCCACCUCUAGCAUCUUUCCUUUACAGAAUGUCUUCAUCCGCAAGGUGAAGAUCCUGAAGGCGCCAAAAUUUGACAUUGGAAAACUAAUGGAGGUGCAUGGUGACUACGCCAAGGAGGAUGUUGGUGUUCAGAUUGAAAGGCUCGCUGAAGAUGACUUGACAAUGGGGGACAGGAGGUUUCUGCAUCCAAGUGAUAGUACUAGAAAACACGGCGCCAUCUCUGUGACGGCCACUGUUUAUUUAAUUUUGUGUAGUAGGAUACUGGCUAAUAUGAAAAUGCUAGAUAUGUAUGUUUAUAUCCUCAGUAGUGCUUGA